CAAGGGGCAGUGAGCCACUGCAGCUCAACUGUUAAUAUCCUCUAACUACAGUUAUUCCAAAAAUGAGGUUAAAAAUUGGAUUUAUUCUUAGGAGUUUAGUUGUCACUGGUACGUUUUUAGGUUUGGUUGUGCUUUGGUCCUCUCUCUCUCCGAAAUCAACCGACGACCCCUUUGGUCGAGUGGGAGAAAGAGAUGUCAUUAAUGCCUUGCCAGUUGACAAGAGUGCCAUUUUGGGAAAAUUUAAGCCUGUUGUCCCUUGGCCUCACGUGGAAGGGGUAGAAGUUGACUUGGAGUCUAUACGACAGAAGAAUGAAGCGAACAAUGGGGGCCCACAGAACCCGCAAGGCAGAGUGCAGAAACAGGAGAAUGUCAUGCAGAAACAGUACAUCACCUUUAAACGUCAUACACAUGUCUACUCGGACCCUGUUCUGAAACGUGGCGUACCGGGGAACUUGGAGCCAAAGGAACCCGAGUCUCAAGGAGUCCCAGAUGGGCCAGGGGAAGGAGCCAGGCCGCUUGUCCUUGGGCCAGACUACAAAGACGCCAUCCAAGAAAGCAUCAAAGAAUUUGGCUUCAAUAUGGUGGCCAGCGACAUGAUAUCCUUGGAUCGCACUGUAAAGGACUUGCGCCAUGAAGAAUGUAAGUACUGGUCUUAUGAUGAAAACCUGCUCACUGCCAGCGUCAUCAUUGUCUUCCACAAUGAAGGGUGGUCUACACUCAUGAGAACCGUACAUAGUGUAAUCAAGAGGACGCCCAGGAGGUACCUUGCUGAGAUUGUGAUGAUUGAUGACUUCAGCAACAAAGAUCACCUGAAAGACAGGCUGGAGGAGUACAUCAAAAGAUGGAAUGGGCUAGUGAAAGUAUUCCGCAAUGAGAAGAGAGAGGGGUUAAUUCAGGCCAGGAGCAUUGGGGCUCACAAGGCCACUGUUGGCCAGGUGCUGAUCUAUCUGGAUGCACACUGUGAAGUUGGAGUGAAUUGGUAUGCCCCACUGGUGGCUCCGAUCUCUAAAGACAGAACUGUGUGCACGGUGCCUCUCAUUGACUCCAUAAACGGCCAGACUUACAGCAUUGAGCCACAAGGGGGAGGGGAUGAAGAUGGCUUUGCAAGAGGAGCAUGGGACUGGAGCAUGCUAUGGAAACGUAUCCCUCUCACUAGCAAGGAGAAGCAGAAGAGAUUAACUAGAACUGAGCCAUAUCGAUCUCCUGCUAUGGCUGGUGGACUUUUUGCUAUAGAACGAGAUUUCUUCUUUGAACUGGGGCUGUAUGACCCUGGUCUUCAAAUCUGGGGAGGAGAGAAUUUUGAGAUUUCCUACAAGAUUUGGCAAUGCGGUGGGCAGUUGCUGUUUGUACCCUGCUCUCGAGUUGGCCACAUAUACCGCUUGCAGGGCUGGCAAGGAAACCCACCCCCUGCCCAUGUGGGUUCCUCUCCGACACUGAAGAACUACGUUCGUGUAGUGGAAGUGUGGUGGGAUGAGUACAAAGACUAUUUUUACGCGAGCCGACCCGAGACUCGGACGCUAGCCUAUGGAGAUAUAAGCCAGCUGAAAAAAUUCAGGGAGGAGCACCAAUGCAAAAGCUUCAAGUGGUUCAUGGAAGAAAUUGCUUAUGACAUCACAGCUCACUACCCACUUCCUCCCAAAAACAUUGAGUGGGGAGAGAUUCGAGGAUAUGAAACCAGCUAUUGCAUAGAUAGCAUGGGACACACUAAUGGAGGCAACGUGGAGAUAGGGCCAUGUCAUAGGAUGGGAGGAAACCAGCUUUUCAGAAUAAAUGAAGCCAACCAGCUCAUGCAGUAUGACCAGUGCCUGACCAGAGGACCAGAUGGGUCAUCAGUCAUUGUAACUCACUGCAAUCUUAAUGAGUACAAAGAGUGGAAAUAUUUCAAGGAUCUCCAUAGAUUCACACACAUUCCAACAAUGAAAUGCUUGGAUCGAUCAGAUGUCCUACACAAGGUUUUCAUUGGCACCUGUGAUGAGAACAAAACCUCUCAGAAGUGGGAAAUUAACAAUAUUGUAGCUGUAUGAAACUGCCUUUACUACAGUAUCUACAAUCAAACUAUACUGAAGGGAUGGACAACACCAGUCAUCUGUGAAUCUGCUGUAUUGGGAAGUUGGGUAAAUAAGGAAAUGAAGGAGAACUGAGAAUGAGAGGGGUGCGGUGAUCCUCUCAAUUUUAAAAUUGUUUACAACUAGUCUUUUUUUUUUCUUUUAAUCAUAGAUCAUGUUUACAUCUUUUCUUCUUGAUCUCCAUAUCUACAAAGGUACAUCUUGGGGAUUUAACUCAGGGGCCUUUCAAGCUUGUUGCGUUUUUAACUGCUUAUUUAGAUUAAGGGUGGAGGAUGUGAUAAUCCAUGGAUAUUAUCUUAAUAGUUACUUAACAAUCUGAAAAUAAUCUCUUUUGCAAUAAGGUAUUAAAACCAUUUGUGGUAGGCUCACUGUACGUUGUAGAAAGGUUCUUUUGAAUACAGGAAACCAGCAAUGAGGUAAAUGCACACUUGAUAAAGAUGUUUUUAUUAUUUAGCAAAUCAUUUUGGCAUAUUUUGACUCUAAGUCAAAAUGUAUAUCGCCAGAAUAUAUUGAGCAUCAUGCCAGAAUAAUGAGUAAUGACUCAUCCAUUUUAAAGUUCUUUAAAAAAGUUUGAACUUAAUUUAAUUCUUAUGAGGGUACUGACAUCUAGCACCCACAAGUCAAAGAAAUAUUGCACCAGAAUUCUUCCGUUUGAUUUAGCAUUGACCCUAGAGACCCAUUAAAUGAGGACUUGCUGUUAAGCUUUGUCUCAUUUAACCCCUAAAGUUUAACUAUGCAUAUGCUUGGGAUGUUGAUGAACUAAUGCAGAGGGCACAUGUGGAAAAUAAUGCAUCCCUGAUUUGUAUUAUUUUCUGAGACUGUGAGAUGCCACAAUGACUCAAUUCUUUUGAAAUUGCACAAUUUGUCUUAAUUAAAACCACGGAUUUUAAAGCUCAAAAGGAGAGAAUCAGCCAUUCAAUGACAAAGAAUUAAUUGCAGAAGGGCAGUGCUCUGUUGAUGGCUUGGAUUCACUUCGUUGCAAUGAUUCUUGAGUGUGUUGUCUUUGUGAAAUGUAUUGUUGAA